GUACAUUCUGAUCGACUGGCUGGUGGAAGUGGCCACGAUGAAGGAUUUCUCCAGCCUCUGUCUCCACAUGACAGUGGGCUGUGUAGACCGGUACUUGAAAAUCAGGCCUGUGCCCCGGGCUCGUCUUCAGCUUUUGGGAAUUGCAUGCAUGGUUAUUUGUACACGCUUUAUCAGCAAAGAGAUUUUGACAAUACGGGAAGCGGUUUGGUUGACAGACAACACAUAUAAAUACGAAGAUCUUGUCCGGAUGAUGGGAGAGAUCAUCUCUGCCCUGGAAGGCAAGAUACGGGUCCCUACUAUCGUGGACUACAGGGAAGUGCUACUGAACAUAAUCCCACUGGAGAGAAGGACUGUGCACCUGUACAGCUUCAUCUGUGAACUCUCGCUCCUCAACACGGGUCUCUGCCAGUACUCUCCUGCCUGCCUGUCUGCCGCAGCGUUGUUACUCGCCAAACUCCUGCACCGGCAAGGUCAUCCUUGGACAAGCCAGUUAUCAGAAUGCACGGGGUUUUCCCUUGAAGAGCUGAAGCUCUGUAUGCUGAGUCUCCACAAGAAAUGCUUCCACGAUGAUGUUCCAAAGGACUAUAGGCAGGUGUCCUUGACUGCUGUGAAGCAACGGUUUGAAGACGAGCGCUAUGAAGAGAUCAGCAAGGAAGAGGUGAUGAGUUAUAGCCAGCUCUGUGCGCUGCUAGGAGUGAAGCAGGAAGACCCGGAGCCCAAUUCUUGGCCUGCAAGCACAGUAGAAACCUUCCUUGCUUCUCCAUCUGGGAAACGAACUAAAAGGAGAAGAGAAGACAGCAUCCAGGAAGACAGGGGCAGCUUCGUAACAACCCCCACUGCUGAGCUGUCCAACCAGGAGGAGAGCCUUCUGGACAAUUUCCUAGACUGGAGCUUGGAUUCCUGCUCGGGUUAUGAAGGAGAUCAAGAAAGUGAAGGCGAGAAAGAAGGGGAUGUUACAGCUCCCAGUAGUGUCCUGGAUGUAGCUGUAGUCUACGUGGAUCCUAAAGACCACUGCUGUCAAGAAUCCAGUGAUGAAGAGUGCCUUGCUAAGGAUGGGUCGGCACAUGACCUGAGGAAAAAUGACCCGCCAGGUGGGGUGAAGAAGUGGCUCGUGUGUCACACCCUGCGAGAAUCCACCUUGGAAGCCAGCUCUGGGUAUUCCUCCGUCAACAGUGCCAGCUCUCCCCCUACUACAAAUUGCGACUUUGGUGUGGUUCUCAAAACUACCUCAGCGCGGCUUCCAGGCCCUGCGAAGAACCAAGGCCCACCUUUGCCUUGGAACGCAAAAGCGUGUUUCCCUUCCGUCUGCACUAGGCCGAGCAAGAAGAGUGACCGGAGGCGGGUGAAAAGGAAAAACGUGGCCGAGUACAGUGAAGCGGAGAGGAUGAAUUUGGGCUUCAUAAGCCUCUGAUGCGCUACUGCUCUCGCCUCAGUCAGUCUGGAGAACAGGACAUUUCUCACUGAGCCUCUGGUCGGGUGCCCAUAAAAUGGUUGCCGGGCCGUGUGGCCCUGCUCACCACUGAUGUUUACUUCAGAACUUCCCUUGAGUUUCUGUCCUCCUUCCCUCCUGGCAGUGGUAUGUUAGUGUCCAAAUUAAGAGCCAGUGGGACGUGCCGUAUCAAAGUGCCUCGGGGCAAGUGGGGGGAGUACCCCAACUCCUUCUGCUCCCACUCUAUGCAAACAGCAACCUCUUUCCGACUUGUGCCAAAUUAGUGUUCUACCCGAAUCCCUCUUGUGUCUGCAAGGUUUGGUGCAGCCUGGCCCCCGUUUGGGAGCAGGCCUUGCAGCAUGUUAACGUGUGUGACUGGGAUAU